AUGACGACUAAGAGGAAGACGAAGGGCAAGGCCAACAAGCGUGUCAAAUCCACGCACACGCUAGUCUCGGACGUGGAAGACACCAAGUCCUCACAAGCCUCUCAUCAGGACUCCCAACCUGCAUCCUCUCUGGGAAAGAGGAAACGUCCCGCCAUCCCAGACUCUGAUGAUGAGUGGGUCACUGACGAUGAGACCGAAAACGGAAGCCCCGUUCUUUCACAUCCCCCAACUGACUCGGAUUUGAGCGACGACAUGAUGCAGCAUUACAGGCUGUUGCUAUCAGAAUUCAGCGACGAGGUCACUGCAUCCGAAGACCGCAACACAACCUAUGAUGAAGAACUCAAGACAUUGAACCGGCUUUGUCACGAGCUCCCUGACAACCUCGAUGAAGCAAACUACAUCCCGCUCAGUGACAUAUUGGCGAGGUUCGAAUCAAUCAUCCCUAAGGUUGACGCCCACUACGCGAAGCUCGAUGGAACGCAGAUUCGGGGCACGGCGGGUCCGCUCCGCUAUGGAUCGAUUCGCAGGCUGGAAGUAUUUUGUGAACUGGAUAUCAUUUAUGACAUGAUGAAGCUGCACACUGAUGCUCACAUCGUCAAACUGGAGGCGUUACUUGCUCGAAUGCGCGUUGGGGACAAGAAGCUCUCGGAGAUUAAUUGGAAUCGACGUGGAUCCUUGCUGAGAACCACACCUCCCGCAUUCUAUACGACUUAUACGCGAGGUCUAUAUGGUUUUCAAACUCAACAUCAAGGCGAAUAG